GCCACGCUCAGCCCGGCAGCCCCCGCACGCAGGGCGCAGGCACCAGUUGCUGCCGCGCCCCGCGCUGAUGGCGCUGCCGGCGCUGUCCGGCUCGGGGGUGCAGUUCCGGAGGAUCCUGGCUCACUUCCCCCAGGAGCUCAGCCUGGCCUUCGCCUAUGGGUCCGGGGUCUUCCGGCAGACGGGGGCCACCCCCAGCCAGAGCGUGCACAAUAUGCUGGACUUCGUGUUUGCUGUAGAUGAUUCUGUGACUUGGCAUAUGAUGAACCUGUUAAAGAAUAGGAGUCAUUAUUCCUUCCUAAAACUUUUUGGGCCAAAGCACAUCAGUAAUAUACAGAGCUGUGGAGCAGGGAUUUACUACAAUACUUUAGUGCAAUGUAAUGGUAGGAUGAUAAAAUAUGGCGUAAUUGGCACUGAUGCCCUGAUUGAAGAUCUGUUUCACUGGAAAACUCUCUAUGUUGCCGGACGUCUGCAAAAGCCGGUGAAAAUACUGACACAGAAUGAAAAUGGCAAGCUGCAGGCUGCCCUGCUUAGCAAUCUGAAGAGUGCAGUCACAGCAGCCUUUCUCAUGUUGCCAGAAAGUUUCUCUGAAGAAGACCUUUAUAUGCAGAUUGCAGGACUCUCCUACUGUGGUGAUUUCAGAAUGAUAAUUGGAGAAGACAGGUCAAAGGUGCUAAACAUAGUGAAACCGAAUGUGCCUCAUUUUCAGAAGCUCUACAGUAACAUAUUACAGGAGUGCCCUCAAGUGGUGUAUAAGCACCAGCUGGGCAGGCUAGAGAUCGAUAAAAGUCCAGAAGGUCAAUUCAUGCAGCUAAUGGCUUUGCCGAGGACUCUUCAACAAAAGAUAACUUCUUUUGUGGACCCUCCUGGGAAGAACAGAGAUGUGGAAGAGGUUUUACUGAAAGUGGCCCAUGACCCUGACUGUGGAUUAGUGGUACAUCAGGGCAUAUCAGGAAUUGUGAGAUCUUCCAGUCUAAUACAGAGUUCUAAAACCAUACUAACAGCUGCUGCAAGCGGCUGUACUGGUUGGCAAGCAGAUCCGACUGGCUUUUCUGACUGCAGUGCCAAUACAGCAAAGGAGCCCUGCAGGGAUAUAACAACUGCUUUACUGCUGAUACUCCACCUGCCAUACUGUUGUUAUAGUGAGAAUACAUUGAUUUCAUUGGAAUGGCAGAACAUAAUUUUUACGUACAGCAACUUCAGUAUUACAGGGUUCAAGAAAUCAGUGACUUACAGUAUGAAGAAAAUGUAUAAAAUGACAAAAGGAUGUCUGAGGAAGACUUCCUGAUGUCCAAGUUUUGUACAUACUAUGUAUAGGUAACUAAACAGAUCUCUUUUUCUCUGAAAAUAUUGUGCAAUUGGUACCUGUUGCUUUACCGACCUACAUAAACUGUGGAUAGGUGGCAAUAAUUAUACUAUGUAUAUACAACUACUUUCUCACAUAGGGUGCGGACCUCACUGGGUGCAGAUAUUUUGCUAAAGGCUGAGGGAAUUCAUUUCCAAGUAUACUUAAGGUUUUCCUGCAUAUAUUAGAGAUUCGACUCUGAAAUACAUUUGCCAGAAAUGCUUGUUUGCACAUCUGAAAGCAAAAAAAUAAAAGUCCUGUAUGUUUGAUAGAAUCUGGACUAUUUUGGAAAAGAAAACUUUCUUCUCAAGCUUUGUCCUGUUCUCAUCUCCAGCCUCUUCUGAGGAGUUUACAGAAUUGUGGGGUCCAGCUGAGUUUUAACUAGAUAUUAAAACUUUCUCCAUAUAAUGCUUUAUUUUUUACAUUAAAUCCAUUUGAGCAUACAUGUAUUUUAAGAGUGCAAUAUUACUCUGUAACCCUUCUGCAGAGUGGGAUCCAUCAAGAAUACAUUUUUCUCUCCCACAACCCAGAAAAUACUUAAUGAGAGAGAAGCAUUUUGGAGGAUAUAUUUCACUGUCUGUGCCAUGUCUGGGAGCAUAGGUAACUGAAGAGUUACAAGCCGGUAAGGUAUCUUAAAGGUCAGCCAUUCUUGGCAAUCCUUUUAGUUGACAGCAACAUAACUCACAACCAAGUAGUGGCAGGGAGGUUAUAUUUCAAAACAAGGUCAAUUUUCAUUAAGCUUCUGGGUCCAGUAAUGUGUAAGUUAUGCAAUAUAUUUUAAGUGUUCUGCACUACCAACUCACAAAGUACUUUAAAAUCAGCCUGGUUAAAAUCAUGGAAAUUUUUGUUUGUUACAGUAUAAACUAAUUGAUUAAUGUAAACUGUAAAAUGUGUGUGAAAAUACUGGCCAUAAGAAUAGAACCUAUUCUCCUCCAAUUAAUCAGAUCAGCUUUACAAAAGAUUCAACUACCAUAUUUCUAUUACUUGUCAAUAAGUAAUUAAAGAUGCGGUCACUGGAGGCAUUGACCUUUUAAUGUAAAGAGAAUCUUUGAUAUGGUGUAUUAGGAGUAUCUGCUGUAGAUAAUGGGAAUGUUUGAGAAUACCUUUUUCUCUUUGGAUCAAGUGGCUUUACUUACUUAUCCAAAAAUGGCUUUUCUUAACAGGUGUUCUCCAUAUGAAGGGUCUUGACAGAGGCAUCCUUUCUCACAAUUUGAUCUGGUUUUAAAGCCAGUGGCAGUUGCAAUAAGGGAAGAACAAUAAUAUAAAGAGGUUAGGAAUUUAAAAGUAACUUUCCUACAGACUAUAUCUUUUUGUUGCAUGACCUUAAUUUCUGAAAUUUAUCAUUUGAUUUCAUUUAAUUGGAAGUUUUAAGAAAAUCUUAAAUUACAAAAAGAAUUGAGGGUGUAAAACCAGCUGUUACCUACUUCCAAGGAGUAAUUUAAGCAUAUCAUGCAGCUUGGAAAUUUGAGUAGGAAGCUGAGGAAAUAACAUACUGUAACAUGGCUCAUUAAUUCAGUUCUGCUUUCAUCACCAUUGAACAGAUGUUACAAUCUAUGAUUUUAAAAUCCUAAAGUGGUUCAGUUUUAAAUCUAGAGUCCGUAAAUAAAACGAGAUUGUUCCACUGAAAGCUUUAUUGGAAUAAGAGUGGUAAUACAGUGAAUAUCCUCCCAAAGCCAUUGUUCCUAUUAACUGCCUUUCCUAUAUGUAUAUUCCUAGCAUUUUGUCACCCAUCAAUAGUUGGUUACAAAUCUUGGAAUAGGGUCAAGGAAACCGGACAAACAUUUCUGUAGAAUGUGUACUUUUUGAUAGUGGUAGGCUUUAGGUUUCCAAACUUUCAGGAAUACAAUGUGUUAGGCUAAAAUGUCCAUAUUGAUUGUUUCAGGGGGGGAAAAAAUGGUAGAGAGUGGCUGAAAACCCAUUCCUUCCAUGAGUUGCCAACAUUAUAAUAGUAAGUCUCUGCUUCAUACUAUUAGGUAUGUUAGAGAGGCUCAGAAAGUUUGGUUUGCAGCUGCUUCUGUACCCUGUGGAGAGAGACCAUGAAUCAGUAAGUCUAGGAUAUUCAGAAAUGCAAGAGAAAAGUGAAACUGGGAAAACAGGUUAGUCUCCAAGCACAAAGAAAAAGAAUAUCAUCCCCACAUAACAGGUGAAAGGUACUGUCAUCCUUGCAUCACCUUUAAAUAGAAAAUAAUUGGCACUCCUUUUAACUGUGGCAUAUUCUGCAACAAAAGUUAUUCAGAUUAGGAAACAGUUGUAUAUCUAGGUCUAGCAUUGUGCUUCAGGGGUAGUAAGAGGACAAAAUCCCCUCUCUGAAGAGUUCACAAUCUAAGUAAGUGGCAUACACAAGGAGGAUGGGGUUGAGAUGUAACAAAAGACAACCCAGUGGAGCUAGGACACAUAACUAGUUAGUUCCUCAGGUUUUUGUUGGAUGUUUUGGGGGGCAGGGGGUGGUGGUAAAAAAUAAAGGUUCUGCUUGAUAGCCUGCUAGUCUUGUGUACAAAAUAUUACUUAUCUUAACCAAAAAUAGAUAUGGAACAAAUACUUGAAUAAUCCCACAAAUUAUGUAUUUUGGAGUAAAAUGAGUACAAAUUUUCUGAAAUCAAUUGCUGAUUUAAGAAUGAGGCUUAUUCUUAUUCAGCAAAUUCUUUUAAGAAUGUUGGACACCAUUCAGAAUGGCAAAGGCAGGAAUAGGAGAUAAUGGCAAGACAAAGCAAGCCUACUUCCUAUGUUGUUUAGAUAUCCUGAAGUAAGAUGUUGGAGGGCUAGAUGAGCGUGUAAUCACCCCACUGGAAAGUUAAGUCCCAAUUUGACAGUGUGCUGAUGAGCCAUCCUGCAUUCGAUUAAAGUGGAGGAAGUGCACCAGCCUGCAGGAUUUAGUCCAUGAUAAAAUCAUUCAGAAGAAUGUAUUUCUCCGUAAAAUUGUAUUUUCCUGUGUGUAUGUGUAUUCUGUUUUUGUAAUCAAACUUUGAAAAAAUAAAAAUAUUUUAUAUCAGAAAAA